AUUUUGAUAACGCUUACAAAAAUGUUUUGAAAAAAGAUAAAAUAACUUUUUAUAAAGAAUGUGGAAAUGUGAAAGGGGAAACUAAUGAAACGAUAUCGGAAGACCAUUGACAAGCAGCAUAGCAGCACGUGAAAAUUCAAACAUUUUUACUUUGGAGAUGGAGCAUCUGGAUCUGGCGCGAUGUCUUGGCAACACAAACCAAAUUUUGAACAGUCUAAGCACAUUUGAACAGCAAGAUGCUGUCUACCUAUCCAGCUCGAGGCAAAUCUUAGAGCCUAUCAUGGAGGAGACCAGCGAAGACGAGGAACUUGCCCAGGGCACAUGGAGUGGCUGCCAAGAGCAGCAAUCCAGCCUUUGGAGCUCCACAGAGUCUGAAACGGGCUCAGUGUUGCGCAUAGAAUUGAUGAAGGAAGUUGAUGCUAGGUCUGAGCGGGACUUUGCCUGCCCGGCCAAAAGACCGAGGCACAGUCUGGAGCCCGAUCCUGGGCAUAGUCUUGAGGAUAGCGUCCAGAUGCGCCGCCCUCACCGCCAGGAUUUCGAGUCCCACAACAGUUUGGAGCGCAUACUGGUCAUAGAUGCAUGUGCCCGGGACAGCUGUGGAAGUCAGGGACAGCGGAGCAGCUUAGGCAGUAGGCGCGGUGGUUCUUUUGAUGAUUAUAACUCGGACAACGAUUCCUUCCACUCGCUUUCACGCAGCUCUUCCCUGGUUCAGUUCGAGUUCCUGGAGCGGCAGUUUACUCUCCAAGAGCAGCACCAAAGUAUGAAUAGUCUGGGAAACAGCUCGCCCUCACUCUUCAACUGCGAGCUCAAUGUCGCAACUCGGUCUAGUGAUAGUAAUCCGGAGAGCAGGAGGGGAUCUGCCUCGUCGCUUUCAUUAAUGAAGCGAUUUGAGUCUAGCGACUGUCGCCUGCAUCAGACGUAUUACGAGCUGAACAAGCUCAACUUCGAGGAUCAUCAACAGCUCUUCUGCAAGAGCUUGCACCAGACUGAACUGAAGUCCGACUCGGAGACCUGCUCCAGUUCCAGCUCCAGCUCGUCCAGCGAUAGCAGUAGUCACAGCCUUGUAAGCUCGUGUCUCGGCAUCGGAAAUGCGAGGGAAGCUCGAAACCAGGGUGAGACGGCCUCACGGCGAAUGCCGCCCAACUCAGCCGAAAAUCUGUCGGAAGACUCUGGGUACUGCGAACCCAGAUUGCUGCAGCUGGAAAAGUCUAAAUCUAUACCAAAGAAUUUCGACAAGCUUUGCGAGGAGGAGGAGAAGCUGCUGCUACUGGAGGAGGGUUCGCCGUUUUCCCGAAACUCCCAUGAUUUGUGCCACCCGAAAAUAGAACAGACUGCCAAUAUCGCAUUAACGCCCUGCUCUCCGUGCUCUCCGUCCUCUCCGCCGUUGUCUAUUAAUAGUUUCCCUGAGAGGGCAUGCUCUCAGUCUAAAUUGGAUUUGCCGCUCACGUCGCCAACCGGAUCGGCCGUAUCAACGUCGUCCGCUGCCUCGUUCACUUGGCUGCGCAACAGUUUGCCCGACAUCCGCGAGCCGCGAGGUCCACUCUCACUUGCAAUUGGCGAACUGGAUUCCCUUUACGGCUUCGUUCUGGCCACCAGCAGCCACCGCCGCAGCCACAGCAGGAGUUCUGCUGGCAGCAGCUCGCCCACCACGAACUCGUUGCCCAACGAGCUGCAGCAAUUGGGACGGCGCCGCCGUCCGCGCAACAUCCGUCCCAAUCAACAGAACUAUAACAGCAAAAGCAGCGUGAGUAGCAGCUCUAGCGAGGCGCUUAACUUGGAGCGAGGGGAAAGCCGUGACGACUUCUUUCUUGAGUGUUACAGUCUGUCGAAAAUACGGCGGAGUUGCAGCUUGAAAGAGCGCCCCAGAAGAGCAGUGAGCGCGGCCAGUACAAGAUAUCUUAACGCUAGCUACCAGAACCUCACGCUUUUGGAUUACACGGAAAAGCGUCCGCUGAAAGAUCAGAGAAACCACAAGAGGAGCCAGGCGGAAGUCAUGUCGGACGGGGUCUACGAGCAGAUUAUUUGCAAGGGCAAUUUCUUGUUGGAUGAGAUCAGCAAGAUAUACGACAAAAAUGUUUCCAUACUGACGGAUAAGCCGGCUCUGGAGGAGAAGUUGCAACCGCCGUCAGAGGAUCAUAUUUCAAAUGCACGAGAGGAGCCUUCAGUGCAGCACUUGCAGUUGACUAUUAAGCAGCCACCGCGCCAGAAGCGUUCGACUAGAGAUUCCAAACAGUGCUUCGGCAAGACCUUUGACCAGGACCCAACCAAUCUGCGCACCAUGUACGCCCAAAGUUUGGAGCAGUGCCACUUUGAUGUGCAGAAAAUUCAUGCUCCGGGCUACCAACCAACCAUCUUGCAGAGGCCCCUGCCGAAGCGCCGGUUCCACUCCGCCAAGCAACGCAGCUUGGUUAGUAGCACGCCAAAUCUAUCAGUCUGCGACAAAGGCGGGGAAGACCCGGAAGACGAAAUUUAUGUGAACAGUGCUCACACCUCAAUGCACCACUUGCCAAAACCUCUAGGUAUCCUACUGCCCGCCGGGUCGCGUCACUCCUUCGGCAAGGAGGUUAGCUUCUGCCCGGUGGUCAGCAAGUACUGCUGGCAAGAGCAGUCCUCAGAAGAGCCGUUCGAAGAUCAGUGUCGGUCUAGCGAGGGCGAGCAAGGCCCAUCGAACGACGAUGAACUGCUGGACAAUGCGGACGCCACUGUGGUGCACAACACAAAAGAGAACGAGAACAUCGCCGCGCUCUUUGACCAAGAGCAAUCGCAUUGCUUCAGAGAGCCAGCGAUCGAAGAGAGCGUCGCCACCGAACAGAAAACAAAAAUCGCCACACCCGAAUGCCUUCAUCAAAAAACCGAAGCUAAGACCACUCCGGGAAACGAGCUCUCAUUAAGCAGCGCAAUCAGUCUUGAACCUUGCAUCGUCGCGAGGUCAUCGUUCCAGUCAGCACAUCAAGCGAGCGCACUACCUCUGAGUCUAACCCUGCCUGUUCUAAGUGAGCCGCCCACUAACCGCGCCUUCCACAUUCUUUACGCCUCACAGCAGGUGCUAGAGGGUUACGAGGGCCCGAAAAUUUGCGAGAUGCUGCCGGCCUCGAAUUUGAGCAGGACGACCGACAAGACCUCCAAAGGCUUCAUCUCCAGGCUCACCCAUGGACUCCGCUUCUCGCUGCGCCGAAAAAAGAAACUGCAGAAGCUGGAGCAGCGGGACCAGAAGGGGGAACAAAAUCAGUCGACGGUGGUGCUGGCGUCACCUAUUAAGUACUCUAUGCCAAGCAACGGAAACAGCAAGUGGGACGACUCUGUUCAUAUCCCUCUGAAGCCACCGAGAAGCUCGCAAUGCACCCAACUUCACAAUAGCACCGAGGCGAUCACUGCCAGUGUACACAGCAGCCGGCAGCUGGAACACCUGAACGAAACACAGCAAAAAGUGGUGACCGGCAAGCCACCGCUGCCCAAGCUGGCGCCCCGAAAUGGAAACCAGGCCUAUGUGUCUAUAGGAGCCAACGCUAGCGCCACCACCACUGCCCAUACCGAGGCACUUCUAAGCGCCGAACGGAGACAGUACGAGCCAAGGAUGCAAGGCACUGAGUCGCCCUCGACGGCGAUUGGCGCACAAAAGACGCAUAAGGUCAAGCAACUCGGCGGAAACGGACUCGCGGCCAAGCAAACUGUGGUUACCGCUGUUCCAGUGACUGUUUCUCCCGUGGAAGAGGGAGGUAAGAUGGGUUUAAUGGAGACCAAUCUGGACACUCAUGAAACGGUCAUUUCGGGGAAGACGCGUUCACUCAUGGAUAUAACAUGCAACCCUCUUAGCCUGUCGUACAAGCGAUACAUCGUGAAGCGGCUAAAUGUGACUAGCGCUGCCCACGACGAGGGUGAUGUGGACGGGGAAGCUAUCAUUGGUGGCGUGCAAAUAGCAUCCGUUCGCAGGCCGCACAAGAGCAUGGAGUUUCUACUGGACAAGAAAAACCAGAAGAAUAUUUUGCCCCCUGAAAACGAGCUCCAGAAGUCGCACGAUCAAUAUCCGGCAGCGCUCAGCGAGCACCAGCUGCGGGUCCAGGCAUCGCUUCAGCGACUCAAUAUCCCCGACUGGUUCCGUCAUUACAAUAAAGGAUCCGGACCGGCACCAGAUGGUACCGCGGCUUUAACAGCCGGCGGAUACCGUACCGGCAACUUUACCCGCAAGCCCACUCAGGAGUCGGGGCGCUGGCAGGGACUUAACUCGAAGACCACCUCUCUAAGCUCCUUGGCAUGUCAGCGCUCCGACCGAAGUCCUCUACUUAUGAGCCCCUCAGCGCAUAGCCACCACGGUGGUCAAAGCAGCAUUUAUUCAUGCAGCUCUGCGGCGGGUCCCGGCCAGGCGCUCGGACAGACGGGUGUGAGUGCCACGCGCUGGUCCACCUCGCACCUAAACUCUACUCAGACGUCACCCAGUGCCUCACAGCGCGGCAGCUUUGCUCGAGGCGCACCCAUCAACAGCAGCUUCAUGUCCGUAGCCAGCAGCAGCGGUGUAUUACGCAACUCCUAUCGGCAGCCGUACCUGGGUUGGCGAAGCACAGAAAAGCUGUCCCAUCGGACGCCCCAUGAACGUCUGGCCAUUUCGCUGCUGGCACAUCGCACAACCCCAUCCCCAACGUCUACGCCCAAUGGAACGCGACCCCUACAGUCUGAAACGGCUGAGGUUCAGAGCUCCAUAAAGGAAGUUACAUCCGCCAUUGUUCACUACGUAAAUGACCAGCAGCAGUCCCAAGAUCAACGCAGUCGCUCAGCUAGUCCAAAUUCAAGGAAGUGCUGGCUGGAGAGCAGCUUUGUGGGCACACGACCCUUGGACUCGCCGCAGACACCCGUGAUUGACAACAGCUCCUCCGAAUUGGAAAGCGACCAACAGCAGCAGCUCCAUCAAUUCCAGCCGCAUCAACUGCAUCUAGACGGAAGUCUUUCGCCAUUAGUCGCCCCAGUUCAGCCGCCACUUCGCAUGAACGGACUCAGCCGUAUCGGCGGCGGUGGCGCGCCCGAACGGUCGUUAAGCAACGCCUCGCUAGAAGAUGUACUAGCCUCGCUUUUAGGACUGCCUACUAUCUUAUCCAGCCAGAACAGCAAUCACAACAACAACAACAGACACAAAGCGUGCCCUCCGACAACAGAAACAGACAUAGCUAGUCGACAGCAAUUGGAAGUCCAAUCGUCGGCCGAGCAGCAGCGGCUACGCCGUCGCAGCGAGGGCGACGCCCCUCAACAGAAAAAGCAGCCUCACAAAGGCCAGCCCCAAUCGCAUUCACAGUCCAAUUCGCAGUCAUUUGUGGCAGGAUCAAGUGGCCAGCCAAAUGUCAUUCGGGGAAGCCGGCGGGUCUCGUUAGGCGACUCCGCGUCCACAAAUACACAUCAGGACUUGGAAAGCGGGACUCAGAUCAACGGGGAGCUGAGAGCGGGAUCGGAACAACAAAUCCGUUGCCGGAACACAAAGUGCGACAAAAUUGCCUCUGCAAUCGAUGCAAAGAAGGUCUUCAAGUCCUGCCACAAUUGUUCCCAUCUAUACUGUUCUCGUGAAUGUCGGAGAGCCCACUGGGAAAAACAUCGCAAGGCGUGCCUGCACUCGCGCGCCUCUAACCUGUGUCGCCAGGUGCUAGCUACUUGCAAGGACGACGUCGAUUCGCAACGCCAUCUUAGCCUGUUGGCGCGCAAAGGAAGCCUUUCACAGGGGCGUGGCGUGGUCCGGGUGCUUUUUCGUAGUGCCGAGGCUGCAGAGGGCUUUAUUAAAAACGGGUUCCAGUGCAUUGGGGAGGCCACGUACGUGCGCUGGCCAGACCUUAUGCCCGCCGAAAUGGGCCUAGAGCUGUACUCUGAACUCCUUAAGCUAAGCACAGAGUACAAACCGAAGACCAAGAUGCUCAUUUACGUGGCCAUUUGCGUGGUGUCCGAGGCACCAGGCAUGGGACAGACGCCUGUGCGCUGGGAGCGCCAACUGGUCAGCCGUUGCGCCAAACUGAAGCUCUGCAAGACGAUGCUGGCUGAGCUGGAGCAACAGCAGACUUCGCUCAUGCAUCCGCUUUCGGGAGUGGACAACCCGGAGCGUACCGAGAUCCUCAUCCUCACUUUUAACUGCGGACAGCGCUCAGUGCAAGGGAAUCGAGAGCUGAUCCUCUCCAACAUUCUAGAAAUCCUAUCUAGGCGCGGAGUCACGUUACGAAAACACUAUCCCGAGAUAUUUCACCGCCUGCAGACCUACACCGAGGGCCAAAGCGACAAAUUUAACCCGGUGACUCUGCAUCCACGGGAUACACAGACCGGACAAGGCUUCGUAUGCAUCAUCAUGCCUGUGCACUUGGACAGCGAGUUCAUCAAGCUUCCUUCAGCGGCAGACGGUGGCAAUCGAGUGACUACAAUAGACGUGGGAUCUCCCGCGGCUCUCGCCCACCUAGAUGACGAUGACCUGCUCAAGCCCACAUCCAAGGAGAGCUGAUUAAGGGACGACGACAACAUCUGCAGCAGCAGCAAAGGACGUCAAAGCGGAAGGAGUGGCAGCAUCUCUACGCACUCCUCAAUUCACAGCAUCGCCUUGGGAUUUAGCAUGGAAAGCACCCGCAUGUGAGGCAUCUUCUAAACCCAGUUAUUUAGCUGAUCUUUCGCAUUAGGCAACAUUCUAAUUUUUAUUAAAUUUUUAAUUUGUAAAAUGUUGCAAUUUAGACUUAAACAUAUGAGUUUAAUUAAAAAUUAUUUAAUUUAAAAUUAACUUACAAAUAAUUAAUUUGUUAACGGCAAAAAUUGCCAUAAUAUAUUGCAGUGCACUACCCAAAAUUUAA